AUGCCCCCGCGAGUCCUCUCCCACGAUGCCUACACGAUCGCCUGGAUCUGUGCACUCCCACUGGAGAUGGCCGCAGCGAAACUGAUGCUCGAGGAGAUACACGGUAGCCUCGCCCAGCCAUCGACCGACCACAACUGCUACACCCUGGGGAGCAUCCAUUGCCACAACAUCGUCAUCGCAUGUUUACCCUCCGGCGUCUACGGUACCAUAUCAGCGACGACAGUACUGGCUCAGAUGCUGCCUACAUUCCGAUCGCUGAAAUUCGGCCUCAUGGUUGGGAUCGGCGGCGGCGUACCGACCAAGGCAGAUGUGCGUCUUGGAGAUGUGGUGGUUGGAAUACCGAGUGCUACGUCAGGAGGGGUGAUACAGUAUGACCAUGGAAAGACCCUGCAUUCUGGACGAUUCGAACGAGUGGGUUCUUCGAAUAAGCCGCCUCAGGUGUUGUUGACCGCUGUAUCUCAGCUGCGGAGCAAUGGUAUGGUCGGGAGGCAGUUCAUAUUGACGCAGGCGAUACUGAAUGGUCUAAGCCAAGGGCAGUUCUCACGCCCAGGGAAGGACCUAUUGUUCAAGCCUGAAUAUAUUCAUCAGAGCCCCGACCUUGAUUGCUCGACGUGCGACCAAGCGGAGCUGGUACGCCGGAAGCUUCGACAGGACGACGAACCACGCAUUCACUAUGGGCUGAUAGCCUCGGGAGACCAGGUACUCAAGGAUGCUACAAGGCGUGACUCCAUUGCACAGGGCCUCGAUAUCCUCUGCUUUGAAAUGGAGGCCGCAGGGCUGGUGGACCAACUUCAAUGCCUGGUGGUCCGGGGAAUAUGCGACUACUGUGACUCGCACAAGUCCAAAGAAUGGCAAGGGUAUGCAGCACUAGCCGCAGCAGCAUACACAAAGACGCUUCUACAAGUCGUGCCAGUUCGCCGCGAUGAGUCUCGGGCACGUAAAGGACAUUGGAUGGUACCGUUUUCUAGAAACAAAAUAUUCGUCGGGCGGGAUAAUUACAUCGCCACGCUGGAGGAAUCUGUCCUAUCACCAGGUGAGGCGCAGAAAAUUGCUAUAUGUGGACUCGGAGGGAUCGGCAAGACUCAGGUCGCGCUCGAACUCGCCUACAGGGUGCGAGAGAGAAGUCCCGAAAUGUCUGUGUUCUGGAUCCCCUGCACCAGCUACGAGAGUGUGGAGCAGGCAUAUAUGGACAUCGCCCAGAUAGCUGGACUCGAUCUGCGUGAUGCAGCCGCAACAAAGGAGCGGGUGAAGGCCUACCUCAGCCACGAAACCUCCGGCAAGUGGCUCCUUAUAUUUGACAAUACUGACGACUUCGAAAUGUGUAUGAAAGGGACUGAAACUGGCCCGGCGCUGAAGACUCUACUGCCACGGAAUGAAGCCGGCCACAUCUUAUUUACAACUCGCAACCGGAAGCUGGCUGUCAGGUUAGCCAUGUCCAAUGUCAUUCACAUUUCUGACAUGGAUAAAGAUACAGCCCUGCAAAUGCUCCACCAGUUAUUUAUCCGGAAGGAGCUGCUGGAGGACACAGAUGCAACUGCCGCCCUUCUUCGAGAGCUCUGCUUUCUUCCACUUGCUAUCAGUCAAGCGGCUGCAUAUAUCAAUGAGAACGACGUUAUAAGGCUGGGGGAUUACUUGUCUCUUUUAACUGCACAGGAAGGGGAUAUGGCCAAGCUACUGAGCGAAGAUUUUGAGGAUGAUGGUCGUUACCCAGAUGUGAAGAACCCAGUCACAACCACAUGGCUAGUUUCCUUCCACCAGAUUCAAUUAUUGGACCAGCUGGCAGUGGACUACCUUUUAUUCCUGGCCUGUAUUAGCCCUCGCAAUGUCCCGCAGUCCCUCCUUCCGCUGGCACCGUCAGAUAAAAAAAGAAUCGAGGCAUUGGGGUUACUCAAGAGUUAUUCUUUCGUCUCCCAAGACCCUGAAAGCGGGAAUCUAACACUGCAUCGACUUGUCUAUCUUGCCACAAGGACAUGGAUGAGAAAAAACGAAAGCUUUCCGGCGUGGAUAGUAAAGACCGCGGACCGUAUGGAUAAGAUAUUUUCAGGCAUGACCUACGAAAAAAGAAAUUUGUGGCAGCCAUAUCUUCCGCACGUCCUUUCUACGAUUGAAAAUCACGAGUUCCGUGCUGUGCGAAAUCGAUAUGGUGAUUUAUUGAACAUCAUAGGGAAUUUUCUGUCAUCCGAUGGAAGAAUGAGACAGGCAAAGAUUCUGUACGUCCAAACUUUGGAAGAUAGGCAGAAUGAGCUGGGGAAGAAUGACGAACAGACGCUGGAUAGUAUGCAUAAGGUCGGCUCAGUGCUCUUAGAUAUGGGCGAAUAUACUGAAGCGAAGGAAAUGAUGGAGCAAGUGCUAGAUGGCCAGAAUACCGUUCUCGGACCUCAGCACCCAGAUACUCUCAUGAGCGUAGCGACAUAUGGUUUGGUCUGCCUUUCGCAAGGCCACUUUACACAAGCACAGUCAAUCCAGGAGCAAGCCCUGGAGGGCCUUGAAAAGUCGCUCGGUCCCGAACACGUGCGUACUCUGCGUUGUGUGGAAACUCUGGGAUUUAUCCUCUGCCGGCAGGGGAGCUACCAGGAGGCAGAAGCACAAUACAAGCGAGCGAUGGAUGGCUAUACCAAGAGAUUCGGGCCGUGGGACGAGAACGGGUUGCGCGUACACGACCAACGCGGCUUGGCACUCAUAGGCCAGGGUAAAUUUGACGAGGCGGAGCAGAUAUGUAGUACAGUGCUACAGCGAUCCGAAGAGAUGUUAGGCCCUCAACACCCCCUCACCUUGAACAGUAUGCACCAUUUGGGCAUUGUUUAUCUCGGACAAAAGCGGCUCGAGGAUGCUGAAAGGCUCUGCAUACGUACCUUGGACGUUUCAUGGCAAGUUCUCGGUGCAGAACACCCAGAUACCCUGGGAAUGAUAGACCGUCUAGGAAUACUGCUUGAAAAACAGGGCAGAUAUGAAGAAUCUAUAAUUUUACACCAAGAAGCGAUAGAUGGGCGUUAUAAAGAACUCGGCGAACACCAUCCUGCUACCCUGAUGUCCCUAGAGAGCUUGGCCUCAGCAUACUAUGGACAAGGGCAGUUUGAAGAAGCUGCAAAGCUUGAGCUUAAGGUAUGGGAGGGUAAGAAGGACCACCUGGGGAUGGACCAUCCUAGCACGUUGGCAAGCAUGCAAAAUCUUUCAGAGACAUACGAAUCUAUGGGCAAAUACAGGGAUGCCAUCGACCUUACCACGCAGUGUCUGGAGCUUCGCAUGAAUCGUCUGGGGGCGGAACACCCUGAAACUAUUGAAUCAAGAGAUUUACUGUCCGAAUUGCGACAAACAGACAAUAACCCGCUUGAAGGUCCCCCUUCACUAUCAAAUUGUGAUAACCAGACCCGGCUUGCCACCGAAAACAACGCCAGACCUACCACCAUAUGUGAGAAAAGCUCGUCCAUCUCGAGAGCUCCUCCUGGGGAGAAAUCCGAUAAAUCCAGGCCUCAAAUUCCGGUUGAAACCCGAAGCAGACGGAGGGUACGGCGUCGCCCUACUUGUGCUUGA